AUGGUAGGCGAAAGCUCGAAGCUUUUAUCCUCAAAUUUUGCCGACUUCAACACCAAAGUACAGACCGCUGCUCUCGGUGCUACUCGCGCCGCCGCCGGGCUGCCCUUAGACCUCAAAUUCCAUCGUUCAAUCGAUGCAGAACUUGCAGACGACAUCGACGCGUUUUCAUCCCGCGUGCUUGCAUUCACAAACAAUCUAUUAGCCGCGGUAUCUACCUCUCGUAGCAAGGGAAAGACAAAACUGCGAAACCAGGACGAUGUUGUUGACGACUUCCACUCUCUUGUGGUCGACUCGAUGGACCAAUUGUUGGAGCGGACAGAUAUGUGUUUAGACGAGUUUCAAGGGAAAAACAAAGCUCCACAGAUCGCAAUUAACAUGAACGUGGAUGCCCUCCGGAAACCUAAACCAAGCAAGGGUGCACUGGACUCCGCUGUUCAACAUGCGGCCAACCUACCGAAACCACAGCUCCGAUUCAAGCAUCCGAUAAACAAUAGUAACGACUCGCCAUGGUAUCCGGCUCUUUCGCACAAAUUCAACGCGCAGGUUCCUUUGGGGCAUGUUUUCAGCGACACGGAAGGAGAUUCUAUCAUCCGACACCCUUACCGUUACGAAAUUAUGAAUAUACCCUACCCCUUGAGGAUGUUCCUCAAAGCCGAGCCCAUCUCUCCUCAGUCCUUCGAUGGAACUACGGCAACAUGGGUAGCAACAGCGGGGGCUCUUGAGGCCAUGAUAGAAGAACUCCGCCAUGCAGCAGAGGUUGCAAUUGACUUGGAACACAACAAUUAUCGUUCUUUUGCGGGUAUAGUAUGUCUGAUGCAAAUAAGCACACGCAGCAAGGACUGGAUCGUCGACACGUUGGAACUGAGGGCUGAGCUAGCAGAUGGGGCACUCAACGAAGUAUUCACUGAUCCGAGUAUUGUCAAGGUAUUUCAUGGUGCAGAAAGCGACAUUAUUUGGCUGCAGCAAGACUUCAACCUAUAUGUCGUCAAUCUAUUCGACACGUACCAUGCCUCAAAGCUACUCGAGUUCCCUCGUCAUGGGCUGGCAAAUUUAUUGGAGACGUAUUGUGAUUUUACACCUGACAAACGCUAUCAACUAGCCGAUUGGCGGGUGCGACCACUCCCACAAGAGAUGCUGGAUUACGCAAGAUCCGACACUCAUUUUCUUCUCUACAUUUAUGACAACCUCCGCAACGCGUUGUUUGGAUCGUCCCAAGAGACGGCAUUGCGAACUUAUGAGAAAGAAGUUUAUGAUGCCGACCGGGGCAGUGGGCCAGGCGGUUGGAAUAGCCUCGCAAAGAAGUGGAACAAAGGAGCACUUCUCGCCGCUGCCGAGCUGCCCAAUGGCAAAGAGAUACUUCAACGAGCAGUUUAUCGGUGUGUGCAUCAAUGGCGGGAUUCAGUAGCUCGACAAGAAGACGAGAGCACGCGUUAUAUCCUUCCGAACCAUUUCCUGUUCCAGCUGGCGGAAAGUCCGCCUUCCGACAUGACAGCGCUACUCAAGACCUUCAGCUCAGUACCACCAACUGUCAGGAAACGGGCCAAAGAGCUCUUAGAUGCCAUUCGCACUUGCGUUCAUUCGCAUUUGACGAGGCCUCAGGAAACGAUGCCGGCAAUAGAAGAGAAACCUGUCCCGAUUGUUGAGGAGGACAUCGUCUCAAAGCCAUCCAACGAAUAUGUGGACCCAAACGUUGCGCCCCGAUCUACACUAUUUGGUGGUGUGCUAUCAAGCGAAUCUAAAUCCACAUCCAAAGCUACGCGUAGCGUGCUCUUCGGUAACAGGAAUAUUGAAAAAAUGGUGUGUGGCCUAAAAUCGACUGUGGGGUCUUCUUCAUUCUCUGUUCAGCCAGAUCUGGGCUUCCACGAUGUUGUGGCCCGCAUUCAUAGCGCUUUGGUAGUCGCGCCGUCCCUACCAACGGUGAGUCCAAUUGAGUAUCCCAUCCCAGUUAAGACUGAUUCUUGGAAGAUCCCCCAACCUGCUGUUGCGCCGGCUCUUGAGGAAACUACUGGGACGGGCAUGCAAGUCGAAAUUCCGUAUUUGCCUGCGUCGCAACGUGUCACCAAGCCUCUCGCUCCAGUCCUAGACGAUUCGAUUGUAGUAGUCGGACAGCCGCGGGUGAAGAAGCGAAAACGGGUGAAGGACCGGGAUGCAGACAAAAAAUCCCCCUCCGUCGCUGAAUCUCCGCCAUCAAAACAAGACGAUGAGAUCGUGGAACCCUUUGAUUUCGGCAGCGUGCCCAAUAUUCUCGAUGAUGCACCAACGGAAGAGGAUACGAGAGUGAAGAAGAAAAGGAAAAACAAAAAAGAAAAGACUGAGGGGAAGCCGUUCUAUGGGGACUUCCCGGCGCCUCCUAGGGCCCAUCGAGAAGUGAAGAAGGGCAACCAGUCUCGUACAUUCAAGUAG